AUUCCAAUGUACAGAUUCUACACAUUUUAGUUGAUGUCGUUUAUUUCAGCAAAGGAGUUGAAGGCAAAGCUUAAACCCUUAACGCAAUUGUCAUCUUGAGGUGCAAGAUUCAUCAUCAGUGCCUGAUUCCGAAAUCCGAAUCAAUGGCUGGCCUUAUUCGAACGGUUCAAAGAGCUCAUAGAUGGAAACGAAACUGUUCUUCAUCUUGUUCGCUUGUUAAACCCCUAAGAGUGAGAAACGCAUUUUCUCAUACCUCUGGUUUUGGAACCACAACUUACGCAGAAGAACCUCAAACUGUGACCAAAUCGCCUUUUGAUUCAAACAUCCUACGAAUACUGGGAAACGAAAUCGAGUACCAAUCCGAAUACGCUCCUCCAUACCAGCCUGUGACCGAAUUCAAUUCGUUUAAGGUUGAAGAGCGACGUGGUGAGCAAGUGGUUAUAAUUAAGGGGAAGUAUGGGGAAUGUGAAGAUAUUAAAAUUGAGGCUACUAUGUUUGAUGGAUAUGAACAUGUUCCUGCGCCUGGUGAUGACAGUUCUGGGGUAAAUGUGCGUCUUCACCUGAGUUUACUGGUGGAUAUAUCAAAAGGGGAAGGUGGCAGUGACUUAGAAUUUGUGUGCUCGGCGUGGCCGGAGUGUUUAGAUGUUGUGAAAGUUUACAUGUUGAGACGCGGUCAAAUGCCGGCUAGGCCUUACCUUGGACCUGAUUUCAGGGACUUGAAUGCUAAAGUUCAGGAAAAGUUUUAUGAAUACUUGGAUGAGAGGGGAGUAAAUAAUGAGCUUGCUAUUUUCUUACAUGAAUAUAUGAUGAACAAGGAUAGAAUUGAACUUCUGCGGUGGAUGGAUAAUCUCAAGUCUUUUGUGGAAAGAUAGACUGGUAAGCUAGACAUUUGGCAACUAAGAAUAGAUGUUGACAAUAAGUUUUGACAUUCUACGGAUUAGUUUUUCCAGCAAAAGCUCAUUUGAUUUGUAGUAUUUGGUAUUUAUUUAUUCUUUUGAUUGGAAAGCACCUUAAGAAUGUUGAGCAUUAGGCAGUAAACAAUGAGCCCUCUGUUUCUUCUCAUGGUUAGAUUAUAUGAUGAUUGACUGAUGAAAAGGAUAGAGUAGAACUUCUGAGGUGGAUGGAUAGAAUUUGAAACAUGGACAGGUGAUCUUGGACUGAGAAUUGGUGUGAACACUUCCAAGUUUUGCCAUCUUUGGAAUUUAUUUUUCCUGUAAAAAUUCUCUUAAUUUGU